AAUGACUACAGGAAGCUGUCUAUGCAGUGUAAGGACUUUGUAGUGGGUGUUCUGGAUCUCUGUCGCGACACAGAGGAAGUGGAAGCCAUCCUGAACGGUGACGUGGACCAGAACCCGCCCACAGAACACCAGAGACCCUGUCUGAGCCGCGUCAAACUCGCCAUCAAAUAUGAAGUUAAAAAGUUUGUGGCUCAUCCGAACUGCCAGCAGCAGCUGCUGACGAUCUGGUAUGAGAAUCUGUCGGGUUUGCGACAGCAGUCCAUCGGAGUAAAGUGUUUGACGGUUCUGGGCGUCACCGUCGGAUUGCCUUUCCUCGCUAUUGCCUACUGGAUCAUGCCCUGCAGCAAGUUGGGUCAGAUAUUACGGAGUCCCUUCAUGAAGUUUGUCGCUCACGCCGUGUCGUUCACCAUCUUUCUGGGUCUGCUGGUUCUGAACGCGUCGGACCGAUUCGAGGGUGUGAAAAACCUCCCAAACGAGACCAUAACGGACCAUCCACGGCAGGUGUUCCGCGUCAAGACCACGCAGUUCUCCUGGACUGAGCUGCUCAUCAUGAAAUGGGUUCUGGGCAUGAUCUGGUCGGAGUGUAAGGAGAUCUGGACUGACGGGCCACGUGAGUACGUGAUGCACCUGUGGAAUGUUCUGGAUUUCGGGAUGCUGUCGAUAUUCGUGGCUUCCUUCACCGCUCGUUUCAUGGCGUUCCUCAAGGCGUCUAAAGCUCAGCUCUACGUCGACCUGCAUGUCCCCAACCACGACAUCAGCAAUGCAUCACUUCCUGCUGACAUCGCCUACUUCACAUAUGCAAGGAACAGGUGGAGGCCGUCGGAUCCUCAGAUCAUCUCGGAGGGUCUGUACGCCAUAGCCGUGGUCCUGAGCUUCUCUCGCAUCGCCUACAUCCUGCCGGCCAAUGAGAGCUUUGGCCCGCUGCAGAUCUCUCUGGGACGAACGGUGAAGGACAUCUUCAAGUUCAUGGUCAUCUUCAUCAUGGUCUUCGUAGCCUUUAUGAUCGGCAUGUUCAACCUGUACUCGUAUUACCUGGGGGCCAAGUAUAACCCCGCCUUCACCACGGUUGAAGAGAGCUUCAAGACUCUGUUCUGGUCCAUAUUUGGUCUGUCGGAGGUGAUUUCUGUGGUUCUGAAGUACGAUCAUAAGUUCAUCGAGAACAUUGGUUACGUGCUGUACGGGGUUUAUAACGUCACCAUGGUGGUGGUUCUUCUCAACAUGCUGAUUGCAAUGAUCAACAGCUCCUACCAGGAAAUUGAGGAAGAUGCUGAUGUGGAGUGGAAGUUUGCUCGUGCUAAACUCUGGUUGUCAUAUUUUGAUGAGGGACGAACACUGCCUGCCCCGUUUAAUCUGGUUCCCACUCCAAAAUCCUUCUACUACUUGAUCAUCCGGGUCAAGUCCUGCCUUAUACGACUGUGUAAGGGCAAAGGUCAUCGGCAUGACAAUGAAUUAGAAAUGGGAAUGCUCAAUUCACGGCUGAAGGCCGAUCGUCAUCGAACAAAUCUCAGGAGCCGGGAGGAGAACACGGUCAAAAAACCCAUCAAAAACCCCACAAGAUAUCAGAAGAUAAUGAAGCGCUUGAUUAAGCGCUAUGUUUUGAAGGCUCAGGUCGACAGAGAGAAUGAUGAAGUCAAUGAAGGUGAACUGAAGGAAAUAAAACAGGACAUCUCCAGUCUGCGCUACGAACUUCUGGAAGAGAAAUCUCAGGCCACUGGAGAACUGGCUGACCUCAUUCACCAACUCAGUGACAAGUUCGGCAGGAAUGCCAAGAAACAACCAUGAGACAGACAGACAGAGAGAGAGAGUACUGUAGUUUAGAAACAGUAUCUGGACACUUGGGCACUUGAAAAUGUCUGAAUGACAUUCAUUAGAUACAAAAUGCAUACAAAAGAUGCACAAACACACUUUACAAGCAUAACUGCUGAUGGAAGCAUGUUUGUAUGGUUUGAGAUAAAACUGUAAAUCUAAGGUUAAAAAUGAAGACACACAGUACUGUUUGUUUGUGGUUAGUGGAUGUUGUCGCUAGUUAGUGAGAUUAUCUGACAUCUGUGUGAAUUUGAAGCUUAAUUCUGCCAUGGAAUAAAAAAAAAUUAUAAAAUAAAAGUUAUUGCGACUUUUUAUCUCAAAACUGUUUUCUUGCACUUCUGAAAGGAACUAAACUUAGAACUGAAUUUAAAUUUUUUUUUUUUUUUUUUUUUUUUUUAUAAAAUAGUGGGCAAUUCUACUCGCAUUCUGAGAAGAAAAGUCUGAAUUGUGAGAUAUAAACGUGUAAUUGCGAGAAAAAAAUGAUAAAAUAUAAACUACCUAUUCUGAGAAGAAAAGUCCAAACUGUGAAAUAAAAACUACCAAUUCUUAGAAAAAACUGAAUUGUGCAGUUUUUGCAAUUGCAAGCUAUAAACUCACAAUUCUGAAAAGAAAAGUCUGAUCUAUCUAUUUCAUGGCAGAAACAAGCUUUACUUUUUCCUCAUAAUUGUGAGUUUAUGUCUCACAAUUUUUUUCUCAGACUUACGAAUAACAUCUCACGUUUAUAACUUGCAAUUCUGACUUUCUUUCUUAGAAUUUCAAGAAAAAUGUCAAUUCUGAAGUGAACUAAACUCAGAACUGAAUUGAAAAUGUUUUUCUUAAAAUUGUGAGCAAUUCUAACUUGCAAUUCUGAGAAGAAAAGUCCAUAUAAACUACCAAUUCUGAGAAGAAAUAUCUGAAUUGUGCAGUUUUUGCAAAAGUUAUAAACUCGCAAUUCUGAGAAGAAAACUCAUAAAACGUCACAGUUACUUUCUUAUUGUCCUAUUACAUGGCAGAAGCAAUCUUUACUUUUUUCCUCACAAAAACUGAGUUUAUAUCUCACAAUUCUGCCUUUUUUUUCCCUCAGAAUUACGAAUAACAUCUCAAGCUUACAACUUGCAAUUCUGACUUCAUUUCUUAGAAUUCCAAGAAAAAUGUCCAUUCUGAAAAGAACUAAACUUGGAAUUGAAUUGAAAAUGUUUUUCUUAAAAUUGUGCCAAUUCUACUCACAAUUCAGAGAAAAAAAGCUAGAAUUGUGAGAUAUAAACUUGUAAUUGCGAGGAAAGAAAAGUCUGAAUUGUGAGAUUCUCACAAUUGCGAAAUAUAAACUUGUAAUUCUAAAAAGAAAAGUCUGAAAUGUAAGAUAUAAACUUCCAAUUCUGUGAGUAAUUGUGCAAUUUUUGCAGCUGUGAGUUAUAAACUCGCAAUUCUGAGAAGAAAAGUCUGAAUUGUGAGAUAAAAAGUGGCAAUUACUUUAAAAAAAAAAAAAAAAUUCUGAGAAGAAAAGUCCAAAUUAUGAGAUAUAAACUUGUAAUUAAAUUAUGAGAUUCUCACAACUGCACUAUAUAAACUUGUAAUUCUGAGAAGAAAAGUCCAAACUGUGAGAUAUAAACUACCAAUAAUGAGAAAAAAGUGUUUUUUUUUUUUUUUUAUUGUCCUAUUGCAUGGCAGAAGCAAUCUUUACUUUUCCUUACAAAAAAUUGAGUUUGUAUCUCACAAUUCUGACAUUUCUUCUUAUAAUUACAACUUAACAUUUUAAGCUUUAUAUCUUCCAAUUUUGACUUUCUUUCUUAUAAAAAAAGUCAAUUCAUACUUUUCUUUUCAGAAUUAAAACUUAACAUCUCAAGCUUAUAUCUUGCGAUUCUGACUUUCUUCCUUAGAAUUCCAAUAAAAAUGUCAAUUCUGAAAUGAACUAAACUUAAAAUUAAAUUGAAAAUGUUUUCUUAAAAUUGUGGGUAAUUCUACCAAAUUAUGAGACAUAAACUCAUAACUGCGAGAAAGAAAGUCUGAAUUAUGAGAUUCUCACAAAUGCUUACAAGAAAUGUCCAAACUGUGAGAUAUAAACUACCAAUUUUGAGAAGAAAUAUCUGAAUUGUGCAAUUUUUGCAACUGCAAGUUAUAAACUCGCAAUUCUAAAAAGUCUGAAUUGUCAAAUAAAAAGUCGCAAUUGCUUUUUUUAUUUUCCUGUUCCACACAACUGUUUAUAUCUCACAGUUUUGACUUUUCUCUCAGAAUUACAACUUAACAUCUUAUAUUUUGCAAUUUUUACUUUUUUCUUAGAAUUUCAAGAAAAAUUGUGGGACAAAAAGUCGCAUUUACUUUUAUUUUUUAUUUAUUUAUUUUAAUGUAUUUAUUUUCUGUGGCAGAAACAAGUUUCCAUAGAACUGACUUCAUACAUACACUAAAACAGCAGCUGAGAAUAAAAUGAAUGCACAUUAGUGAAAAGAACAUAUCCUAGGCGCACCCAUACAGACACACGCUCGAUCUAAUGAAUUACAUUCAGACAUUUUUAAUCAAUAUGGGAUGUUGUUGCAUUAAAGCAAAAAAACAAGUAGAGAUGCUUUCUGAUAAUAAAACAGCUUUAAUUCCCCAGACUGAUUUGAUUACAUCAUCAGUCCAAUCAAAAUGAUUUAUCUCAGAGCUGGCUGGUUCGAUUCAGCUCUUUCUGGAGGAAAUGAGCGAACAGGACUGUGAUCCGUGAAUGAUGAACUGAUGUGAAUUCACUCAGAUACUGAACAUCUUCCAAAAGAGAGAGUGAGAGAUGAGAAAAACUGAGAGGAAAGACAAACAGAGACUAAACGAGGGUAAAAGGCUCACAGCAGGUAUGUAGUGCAUUCUGGGAUAUCACCUCCCUUAAGAGUCAUUUCCUGUUCUGAGAUCGUAUCUCGCAAGAGAGACAUACAAAGAAAGGAAAACAAUAGAAAACACUGUGAUGUUGGCAGUUAUAUGAUUUAAUAUAAAAGUAUUUUAAGCAUUUAAUUAUGAGUCAGAUGGGCAGUAACUGUGAGAAGGUGCGUAAACAUCAUUUCCUCUUCACACCACACAGGCCGUCUAAUUAACACAAGAGCACAGAGACACACACACGGGCGAACCUCACAAAAAACACAUUUCACCCAAAGAUCAAAAGAGAGAAGAAAAAUAAUAAUAUUUUGCAUGAAAUAAUGAGCUUAUUUUUAGAAACUUUGUGGCAUUAUUUUCAUGACAUUUAAGCACAUUUCCCUUUUAAUUCUCAUUACUGUAAUGUACCUGGAGCAUUUUUAAUAUACUUUCAUUUCUGUUUUUUUUUUUUUUU